AUGGGGGCGGCCGCAUCGACAGAGCUGGCAGAGGCGAUCGGCGCCGCGCCGGGAGGAGUGGGCGCUUCGCAGGCCUCGAGAAAGGGCGGAAAAGCGCGGGCUUCCGCGAAAGUGCAGCCCGUGUGGGAUGAGGGGGAGGACGAGGCGAUAGAGCGGAAAGCGCGGCAGCUGGAGCAGCUCAAGGACCGCGUGAACGCAGCCAUCGCGUCUGGUAGUCGUGUCAAGCAGCUAUUGGAGGACGAGGUGCGGCGCGAUAUGGGUUUGUCGGCGAUUCGCCUGCGGUUCACCGGGAACGGCGCUCUGGAGCACUGCAGCUUGUUCUCAGAGGCCGGCGGCCGGCACAUUUGCAACCAGGACUCCAUGAUCGCGUGGGAGGAUUUCAACGUCCCAGAAAUCGCGGGUCGCGUGAAAGGCCGCAUGCCUCCCGGCGCCGCGUCUGACGUCAUCUUCUGCGCCGUCUUCGACGGUCACGGGCCCAACGGCCACCUCGUCUCGCAGCGCGUGCGCGACUCGCUCCCGAGCCGCAUCGCGUCGCUUCUCGCGCCUCCUCCCGUAGCAACCGUGUCGCCAUACGGCCACCUCGACAAGUGCGCGCCGCCGAUGGCGCCUGCAAGCGACCAGCUCUUGCAGCGGCUCGGAGUUAAUGGAGGCAGCAGCAAGAGCAAAGGCGCUUCGGGCAAAGUCCACCCCUUGGGAGUAGCCCCGGCCUACGGCGGUGGUGGCGACGGCGGGAUGACGUUGCAGCGGUCGCGAUCCGCCAAUUCGUUAGAAAAUUUCACGCCUCGGGGGCCCGUUUCCCCCUAUCACUCGUCCUCGUCGUCAGCGUCCCCUGCGGCGGCAGCGGCGGCGGCGGCGGCAGCCGAGGCGUCCAGAGAGGCGUCGAAGGCGCAGGUGGAGCGCGCGUUUCGGCGCGCGUUUCUGGAGAUGGACGACGAGCUGCGCAGCCACCCGCACGUGGACGGCCACGUCAGCGGCAGCACCGCCGUCGUCGCUGCCCUGCUGGGCCGUCGAUUGGUGGUGGCGAGCAUUGGGGAUUCACGCGCAGUGUUGGCGUACCGUUGCAAGGCGGGCCACGCCGUUCCCGGGACGGCUGCAUCCAUUGGCGGCAUGCAGUGCAAACCGCUCACCAACGACCACAAGUGCAGCGUCGCCUCUGAGCGAAAACGGAUUGAGCAAGCGGGAGGGCGAGUCCAGGCGUCGGAACAUGAGCCGGGUAACCCGCGAAUCUGGUUACCGCGCGAGCGAAGCCCUGGUUUGGUGCCGUCGCGAGCGUUCGGCGACUUCGUGGUGAAGGAUUAUGGGGUUAUCGCCGAACCAGAUAUCCUCAUUCGCCACCUCACCUCGGAAGACGAAUUCAUUAUCCUCGCUACAGACGGGCUUUGGGAUGUCAUGACCCCUCAGGAAGCCAUGUCAGCAGUGCUAGCCGCCCCAACCCGUCAGACCGCGGCCCGGCAUCUUGUCGCUCGUGCUCGCAGCAUCUGGGCGGCAAAGCACCAGUCAGAAGGGAACGAGGAAGCGUUUGACGACACAGCAAGCAUGGGCACGGUGUGCACGGAGGCAUCGUUUGGUACGGUGAUCUACUCGGAAGCAGAUUACAAGCCGAGUGGAACGGGCUCAGCAGAAGUGGAGAGCAAUUCUGCUGUGGUGCUCACCCCCCCCGUGUGUGAGGACGGGUUUUACCGCGAUGAUACCAUUCGAGUGCCGGUUGAGAGGCAGGCAGAGGGUCGGGAGAAAGAGAACAUGGGGAAUGGAGAUGGAGUGAGGCUGGUGCUGGGAAGCAUGGGUCAGGGAAUGAGCAGCCAGGAUAGCAGCAGCAACAGCAUCGUCAGCCUCAAUGGUAGUGAUAGCAAAGUGGUGAAGCAAGGUGGCAAUGUGGAGGGCAAGCGAAGCGUUCUUGGGCUGUUUUACAAUGGCGAAGUCGCUGCCUCUGUGUCUGCAUCUGCCUAUGCAUCCCUUAGUAGUUCCAAGGUAGUGCCACUGCCUCCUGAAGACCACAGCAGUCCAGCCCCUGGGAACUCUCCUGGGAAACCACCUGAAAAAGCACCUGGGAAUCCACCUGUCACGAUCACCAUCUGCUCUGCUGAUGGUAAGCUCGUGGCGCCGGAUGCUCGAGUCAUGGCUCCACCCAUGCGCUCUCGCAGUCUUACAGCCCUGUCUGGCUGCAUCGGUGGUGGCAUGGGCGGCACAGGCGGCACAGGCGGCAUGGGAAUGGCAUGCAUGGAUGCCUACACGAGGGAAGACCUGGGAAGCGAGAAUAGCAGCAGCUGCACCGGCGGGAAUGGCUAUGGCUGCACGAACACGCGGGCAGUGGAUCGCUAUGUGAGUCUGGAGAGCGGGGUUGCUGUAGAGGCAGGGGGCGGAGCAGAGGACGGGGUCGGGAGUAAAUGGGGUGGUAAGUGGGGGAGCGCAUGGGAGAGCAGUGGUGCAGGGUGUGGUGAGGCCGUGCGGUAUGCAGUGGCACGGCUGGCCCCCUUCCUUGAUGGUGCGCUCGAAAAUCCGUUUCGGCUUCCUGAUGAAGCUGAAACGGAUUCCAAUCCGCACUUGAGUGGUGAGUAUGCAGCCAUGUCACGCGGAACAGCCGCGGCGAUCUCAUCGCCUUGGGACGCAGACAUCGACAGCCAAUGGGAGCGUUACACGUCUCUCUACCCCUCCACCCGCGCCGCAAACCUCUACGCCGGCGGCGGCGACGCUAACGAUGCCGACGAAUACGAUUCGGACUCGGACCGUUAUUAUACCUCGCGGUUCUCCCUAGACUCUAAUUCCUCGGACGGGAGCCGCGUCAGCAGCAGCGGCGCGUCGUGCUGGGAGGCGGAACUCGCGUGCGACCCGGUGUGGGUCGACGACGCUCGCUCGCGAAUUCGCAACGCGGCGCUCGCCGUCGUCGAGACGCAGCAGGCCGUCGCAGCGGCGAACUGGAUGAACCGAACCUUCGAGGACUUUUCGCACGACUGCCCGGCGGAAGCGGAUGCUGUUUGCGGCUGCCCGGCGGCCGCGCAGCCGUGCCAGCACGACGAGCUCGCCGCGUCGUACCGCGCGAAAUACGAGCCGGCGGCGAAAGCCAGCAAAGCGCGCCGAGCCUCGUUCGGUUCGUCUGCCGCUGAGUCGAAUCGCAGCCACGCGAAGAAGGGAUUCUUCGGGAAGACGAGCAAGCAGAGCGGCGCCGAAGAAGCUCCGGAGAAGGUUUCUGGUUCCAGCAGCGGGGCAAAGGCGAAGAGCUCUCGCAAGGGCCUUGCUUCUUUCAUUGCUGGAUGGAUGUAA